AUGAUGCCCGUCGAAGGGCGCAGCAAGGAGAUCCUGAUCGUCGCCGUCGUGUGCAUGUCCGUGUCGUUUAUCACCGUGUGCCUGCGCUCGUACGUGCGACUGCGACUGAUCAAAGCGUUUGGAUGGGACGAUGGAUUGAUGGUGAUUGCUACGGUACUGAACAUCUUCCUGACCGUCUGCGCCAUCAUCGGCGCCAAGGAAGGUAUCGGUCGCAAGUUGGCCGACUUCCGGAGUAUGGACGACCUGCACCGCGCCAUGCUUUGGUGGUGGCUCGGCCAACUCAUCUACAUGUGGGCCUCCGGCGUGGCCAAGGUGUCCAUCGCGCUCGCCCUCCUGCGCCUGACCGUGCGCCAAUCCCACCGGAUCAUCCUGUGGACGGCCAUCUGCGCCUCGGUGACCGUGGGCCUGGUCUUCUGGUUCUUCAUGGUGCUGCAAUGCCACCCGGUCUCGGAGUUCUGGGAGCGCACCGGACAGGGCAAAUGCCUGGACACCUCGGUGCUGCUGGUCGUCGCCUACGUGUACAGCAGCAUCUGCGCGGCGUGCGACCUGGCGUUGGGGCUGUUGCCGAUCCUGCUGGUGCGCAAGCUGCAGAUCAACCCCCGCACGAAGAUCGCGCUGGGCGCGACGCUGAGUAUGGGCUGUGUCGCCUGCUUGGCCCUGAUUAUCCGUAUCCCUUUCUUACCGAGUUACAAGGAUUUGGACUUCCUGUACUCAACCUACCAAAUCGACCUCUGGUCCUUCCUGGAACUCGGCCUGGGAAUCACAGCCGGCAGUCUCGUGACGCUCCGCCCCCUGCUCCGCAAAUUCCUGGACCACGGGGCGUCGGCACCCGGUAAAACCCCCUACGCCUACACGUACACCACCCGCAGCGGCGGCACCGCCCGUAAGCCCCACUCCCGGUCCCGCGGCAGCUUCCCGUUCUCGAGCUUCUCGCGCACGCGCACGGAGAAGGACCAGGAUCUUGAAGUUGAGUUGGUGGAUACGGCGUGGCGGCCGGAUAUGCAUGGCGUGGAGCGGUCGGCGACGGCGAUGGCGAUGGCGACCGUCGUCGGUGGUGGGGUUGGCAAUGAGGCGAAUGGGCGCGGUAGGGAGAGAGGGAAGAGUGACAGUCAGGAGAGUCUGACGGGGACGGGGUUUCAGUAUGAGAACGCGGUGGGAGGUGUGGUGGGCGGCGGGCAGUGGGGCACGGAUGUCGUGGGCAGUGAGAGGAUGGUUAGGGUGCAGAAGUCGUUCUAUGUCACCGAGACGGAGAGGAGGGGUUGA